UGACCAAAACAUACACUGACCCACUAUGUUGAUGACGAGUGGGUAUUGCAAAACCAUGUUCUGCAGACCAGAGUGUUCAACGAGGCCCACACAGGAAAUAAUCUAGCAGUGUUACUGCAAGAAGUUUGCCGUGAGUGGAAGAUUGAAGAAAAGAAUCCAGCGUUGGUCACAUAUAAUGCUAGAAACAUGAUACUGGCUUGAGUUGGUGCACAGAUGGAGCCACAUGUGCGAUGCAUCACGCACACAAACUAAACCUGGCCUCCCAAAAAGCCCUGAAGGUGGACAGGGUGUCAUAGCUUCUGGUGAAAAUGAGGAAGGUGGUGACUUAUUUCCACAAAAGCCCAAAAGCAACUGAAGCUCUCCGUGAAAUGCAGAUCCAGUUGCACCUACCUCACCACAAGCUAGUGCAUGAUGUUUCCACAAGGUGGAACAGUUCCCUGGACAUGUUGGAGCGUUUUUGGGAACAGCAGCCUGCUGUGUUGAACACCCUGCUGUCAAAGAAGAUAAGGAGGGGAGAAGCCAUGGCCAGCCUGACAGAGGAUAACAUGACAUUAAUCCCAGAGGUCAUCAAAUUGAUGUCCUCCCUGAAAGUAGCAACUCCACUCCUCAGUGAGGAAAAAAACUCCACCAUCUCAAGAUCUCCCCAAUCCAGACCAAACUGCGGAGGCAGUUCCAGCCAGAUGAGAGCGAUCAUAUGGUCAUUUCCCAGAUGAAGGAGCGAUUCAGACUGGACUUUGAUGGUCGCUACACAUAUCUCCAAGACCUCCUCCACUACGCCUCAGCACUGGAUCCCCGCUUCAAAGACCUGGCUUUCCUGGAUGACAAUGAAACUAAGGACAUGAUAUUCAUGAGGAUAACAGCAGAGGUGGUGAAGAUGGAUGGACAGGCAGGGGAUGGUGAUACACUUAAUGAGGACCAGGCAGCUGAAACAGAAGGUGACAGGAGCCCCCACAGAGAGGAAGAAGAGACAGAUGAUGUCCCUCCCAUGAAGAAGAUGGCCUUGGACCAGAUGUUCGGUGAUUUCCUCCCUGCAAGAUCACCAGUAAAGACCACAAAGGAGAGAGCUAAGGAGGAAAUCUUAAAGUACAGGGAGAGGGAUGCUUUAGGUUUGAGUGGUGAUGUGUUGCAGUGGUGGAAAAAACAAGUGGAUCUUCCACUGCUCUCAACAUUGGCAAAGAGCUACCUGUCCAUCCCUGCAACAAGUGUACCCUCUGAACGAGUGUUUAGUACAGCCGGUGACAUAGUGACAGCUUGCUUCAUCCUGAUCAUGUUGAUCAACUUAUAUUCCUUAAGAAAAACCUACAAGCUAGACAUAUUAGUUAAGCUCAGUGAGGUGUUAUGUCAGUGAGAGUGGUUUUUAUUUUUACAGCAGCCUGUGACUGCCAAUAAUAGUUUAAAUGUUAUUAAGACCAAUUUUUGAAAGGUUAUUUGUAUUCUUUAUAUGUUAAUAAUAUAAAAACCGCUGCUUUCUGCUCACUGGUGAGUUAGCCUACUGAAUGAGUGUCAUGUGCAUCAGUCUGGCAGUUGUAUGGCCAUUGCUAUAUGGUAA